CUGCUUAUGGUGGAUAUGGGUGUUUUGGUUAAAAUGUUUUGGUAUGUAUAUAUAUAUACACACACACUGAUGCCUUUACUUAAAUGUCUAGGAUUAUUAUACAUGGAAACAACUAAUAUUCAUUGAAAACAAAGUUUUGCUCUGGUUCUAGGUAGUAUGAUCAAUUGUAAAAUGGCAGGUGCGUAGGUAAUUACAGCUCACGGAAGCAGGCACUGCAAACUGAUGAUACAUACACCAGUGAAUACCGUAGAUACACGACGUAACUAUUUAAGCGAAUAGGCUACAUUCUAAACAGAUUAAUCUCACGUAACUUCUCUGUUAUUCAGAAGUAAAAUAACUCAUUUUUCGUCGGGUAUUUGAUUGCGAAUAGCCUGGAAGCUCCUCCCAUGUCAAUGCCAGCUGGGCGGGAUUAGACAGCGUGUGCCUUUGCUACCUGCCGAAAGUAGUUAGUGAAAAGCCCCCAAGAGCCGCUCAGAUCGGGGGUCGCGAUGGGCACGUUGUAGGGUCUUUAUUAUUCUUACCUAAGGCAGCCGAGGACCCGUCGGACCUGGAAAUGUGAAUCGAGAAAUUCAGUGUGCUGGAUGGGGCAGCUUCAGCAUGAAGACGUCCGUGGAGCGCUUCUCGGGACUUCGUUACUUGGAUGACAUGUCCUUUGGCUUGAAGAGAGUCGCAUCUUGAACUCUGUCCCGAGGUUUAACACCAUCAACCUUUAAAGCUCUUCGGACCGAAUCGUUUUCAGCAACAUUAUAGCUUAUUAUAUAAAUCCUAAACAGACGGACAGUACUUCCGCGCCACCAAUUUAAUUAAAACUGGAUUUAUAUGAUUUACAUAAUGAUGAUAUGUCGCUAUUUUGCUUUUUGGGGAUUGUGGUGGACUUCGUGUAGCAUAUUUCCCAUACCAGGUAGCAGCUAUUUAUUUAACGGCAAUAACGAAAUCGGCUCCAACUUUAUAAAGCGGAGGCUGCGGACGCAGGAGCGAAGGGAGAUGCAGAAGGAGAUCCUGUCCAUCCUGGGACUGCCGCACCGGCCGAGAGCGCAUCCGUCACAGGACAAGUACAACUCGGCCCCGCGUUUCAUGCUGGACUUGUACAACAGCAUUUCAAAGGGGCAGAAAAAUGAAGGUGAUGGUGCCGCGGAUCUGCACGCGCCCACGCCGACAUCCCCGGGACCCUCGCUGGCCUCUUUCCAGGACAGCGCCUAUUUAAAUGACGCCGAUAUGGUGAUGAGUUUUGUCAAUUUGGCGGAACAGGACGGCGCCCCCUCCCCCCACCAGUGGCGGUCCAGAGGCCUCAGGUUCAACCUGUCCCAGAUCCCUGAGGGUGGGGCCAUCAUGGCCUCGGAGCUGCGGCUCUACAAGGCAGCCGUCACCGAGGCCUUCAGGAAUGAGACGUUGGUCGUCAGGGUCUACCAGGUGAUACAGGAGCGGUGGGACAGAGACAGUGAGCUCUUCCUGCUGGAAUCUCGCCGGCUUUUGGUUCGAGAGGACGGCUGGCUGGAGUUUGACGUCACGGCUACGAGCAGCCUAUGGGUGCUGAGUCCACCCCAGAACCUCGGGCUGCACGUCAGCGUGGAGAGCAGCUUUGGGAGGACCCUGGACCCAAAGGAGGCAGGGCUCGUGGGACAAGACGGGGCGCAGGAGAAGCAGCCAUUCCUGGUGACUUUCCUGAGAGGAAAUGAGCCACGCGUACGCUCUACCCACUCCACCCGCUCCACCCGCUUGGCUCGCUCCACCCACUCCACCCGCUCUGGCCGCUCCACCAGCAGGCGGCGCCAGCAGGGCCGCAACCGGUCUACCAAAACCCAGGAUGGGCCCAGAGGCAGGGGGAUGGCGGACUACAACAGCAGUGACCUGAAGACUGCAUGCAAGAAGCAGGAGCUGUACGUCAGCUUCCGGGAGCUGGGCUGGCAGAACUGGAUCAUUGCUCCUGAACGCUAUGCUGCCAAUUACUGCGAUGGGGAGUGCAGCUUUCCGCUCAACGCCCACAUGAAUGCCACAAACCACGCCAUCGUGCAGACAUUGGUCCAUCUCAUGAACCCGGAGAACGUGCCCAAGCCUUGCUGCGCCCCCACCAAGCUGCACGCCAUCUCGGUGCUCUACUUCGACGACAACUCCAACGUCAUCCUGAAGAAGUACAGGAACAUGGCGGUGCGGGCCUGCGGCUGCCACUGAGCCCCCCUCCCAAACGAAGCUGCAGUGCUGCAGGACCGUGGGGGGGGGGCAGAGACGCUGACCCAUCUCUCUCAGGCAGCAAGCGUAACGGGACUAAACGGCAUGUGGGCACGGAACUUAACACUGUGUCAGAUGAGCUGAAAGGCAGGGAGCAGGAAUCACAGCAGCACACAGAGACUUAAACAGGUUCAUCCCUAUAAUAAUGCUGAAGUUUUAUAUCAGGUAACAAUGCAAUAAGUGUUCAGCAGUUGUAGUGAUUCCCUAUGAAAAUAUGUAUUUACUAAAAUUUAAAUAAACAGUAGUGUAUAUAUUCAAA